AUGUUGCUGACAUGCCACAGGGUUCUCUGUUUCUGCCCUCUCCUUUAGCCCACACAUGUGGGGAAGGAGAGGCAACGGGUAUUAUUUUUCAUUAAAAUUCAUUGAGAAAUAGGGACAAUUUGAAACCACAAUAUAUUUCCAUGUACAUCACUUGCAGCAAAACAUGACAUUAAAAUGGUGCGCAAUGGCCACAUCAAGAGAAUCACUGACAAUGACAUUCAGUCGCUGGUGCUGGAGAUUGAAGGAACUAACGUCAGUACCACAUACAUCACGUGCCCUGCUGACCCAAAGAAGACCCUGGGCAUCAAACUACCUUUCCUAGUGAUGAUCAUCAAGAACCUGAAGAAAUACUUCACUUUUGAAGUGCAGGUGCUGGAUGAUAAGAACGUACGCCGGCGUUUCCGGGCGAGUAACUAUCAGAGCACGACUCGAGUGAAGCCCUUCAUCUGCACCAUGCCCAUGCGGCUGGACGAUGGCUGGAACCAAAUCCAGUUCAACCUGUCAGACUUCACACGCCGGGCUUAUGGCACAAAUUACAUCGAGACCCUGAGAGUUCAGAUCCACGCCAACUGUCGCAUCCGACGGGUGUACUUCUCUGACCGGCUCUACUCAGAGGAUGAGCUCCCAGCUGAGUUCAAGCUGUAUCUGCCUGUCCAGAACAAGGCCAAGCAAUAACACCAUGUUGGGAAGAGAUGUGAGAAAUGCUUGGGGUCAGUGGGAAAACAAGAGCAGAUGGAAGAGAAGGCCCUGCUGAGACCAAGUUUUAGAUCAACUCACCUUGCCUAGGGUAACUUUGUUUCAUCUGGUAUCCCUCUUCUGACAGGACACAAUUAACCAUGUAACAGGUCUGGGACUAUGUUGUUGGUGUGCGAGUUGUACAGAAUCAGAGUUUUCCUAGCUGUUCCUAAAGUGCUGAGCCUAAAUACUGCAAGUGGCCUGGUACCUGAUCUUGUGUUGCACAGAGGU